UAACCUUCCCCCCAUUCCUAAUGAUAAAAUCCUCACUGUCAGAUCAGGGCCAGGCAUAAAAAUCACUCUGCUUACACUUUGCAAGUUCUGCUACAGAUCUUAUCUGCUCUUAGUAACGUUCAGUAGAAGUCCAGAAAGCAGAAAACAAAUACUGAUAGCAUUUCCUUUACGCUGACCAAUUCACUGCACAGGAAGAAGCUUCUUCAUAUGAAUAACCAUCAAGCUGCGGCUACAGUCAGAGGUCCGAAUAAGCGCAGGAAGAGCAGUGGCUCUAACUGCUGCACAUCCCUAGCAGGGGAAGAUGGGGAUGUCACAGCAAGCUGGACACUGUAAGAAGCCUGUGUCACCCAUGAACACGAGAGCAGCCUUGGAAGUGGUCAGGAACAUCGCAUGGACUAUUGUUCUGCUCACCAGCACUGCAGUCACAGGAGCUUCAGGAAUUAAUCGAGUGUUUGCAAACCUGGGUGACAGCGCUGUGAUGACCUGCCCUAAUGUGACAAAAUUAACUAUGGUAACGUGGAAAAUAAGCCCCAAGACUGGAGGCUGGUGCAGCUUGGCACACUUGAAGGGUCACAGGAAAGAAAGAACCAACUGCAGUGACAGAAUAAACUGGAGAUCCAGACCAGAGUGGGAUCAGGCACUUGAGAUACGGCAAGUAGGAAUGGCUGAUGAGGGAAAUUACACCUGUGAAGUAGUAAAUUUUGAUGGGAAUUUCCACCACCACUAUCACCUGACUGUGCUAGAAAGAAGAGGAACCCAUGAAAGCCAAAGCAUAUCCCAUGUGCGUAGCCAUCCAGGGCUACUUCUAACUCAGCACCUGAGCACAGAUGAAAGAAACUCCCUGUAUGCUUCAGUCAGCAAUGUGAGAUGCCACAGCCAAUCACAGUGUCAAAGCAUUCAGGCAGAUGAAGCAAACAUCCACGAAGCAGCCAGUGUAACUGUGCAGAAAGAUAACAUGCAGGGCAGAUCCCACCUGACCUUUGUCAGCUUUCUUUUUCCCUCUAAAGCAACCAUGGACACCAUCACCCAUGCAAAUACACAAUUGGUAAAUAAUUCAUGUUGUAUAAAAGAAAGUCACUCAGUUUUAAGUACAUGGUAUCCUACCCUAGUAUUCAAGUAUCCCGUUUUACUGGCUCAGAUAAAUCAGAAGAAAGUUUCUUGCAUACUAACAAUAGCAGCUUUCCCAAGAUGGUUAUGCAGGACUGAAGGUGAAUUUGAGCAGCUCUAUUAUUUUCACCAGAAGAAUAUUGUAUUUCAUUAUAAAAAUGACUUAUCACCACAAGCAACAACAACAGCAACAAAGAGGACAGAGAAUAUUUGACCUUGAGUAGUUACUGCCACCUGAAGCAUCAAAGAUAUUACAGUCCUGAGAUCUAAGCUUUAAACUCUCAUUUACCUCUUUGCAUAAAAGAGAGCUGCAGCCCAUGGAACACAGAGAUCUGCAGCAGUUGAUUUAAACACAUCCUACUGGCUCUAUCACAAAAGAGUCCUUGUGUGUAAUUUUCCAGAUGAUGAUACACUGCCACAACUAGUGAUGUAUAGAGAAUAAAAUCAUAAAAUCAUUUGAGUCCAACUCCCUGCAAUGAAGCAGGGAUCUGAUCUAGCACCUACAGCUAGAUCAGGUUGCUCAGAGCCCCAUCCAGCCUGACCUAGACUGUCUCCAGAGACAGGACAUCUACCACAUCUCUCAGCAACUUGUU